AUGCCUGUGGACUGGAAGGCCACCUUCAUCACACUAAUACCUAAACGUCAAAAUGCGGCUGAACCUUGUCACUUUAGGCCCAUUAGCUUGUGCACAACCCUAUACAAGGUUGUGGCAAGAAUUAUGGUAGGCAGAAUGAAACCCCUCCUGCCUGGUAUCAUCAGCCAGGAGCAGGGGGCUUUUGUGGCCGGCAGGAAUAUUUCUCAUAAUGUCAUGUUGGCCCAGGAAAUGAUGUGGGAUCUCCGGCGAGCAUCGAAGCGGCACAGCCUGAUGGCAGUCAAGCUGGAUAUGGAGCGGGCUUACGACAGGAUCAGGUGGAGCUUUCUUCAGCGGGCGCUGGAGGCAUAUGGCUUCCCCAGGCAGUGGAUCGGCUGGGUUAUGGGGUGUGUCCGGGAGCCAAGGUUUUCUAUCUUGAUCAACGGCACACCAACACCUUUCUUCGAGUCCUCCAUAGGACUACGGCAGGGAUGUCCCUUAUCCCCUUAUCUGUUUAUUAUCUGUGCUGAUGUUUUAUCUCGGUCUCUGCAGAGAGCGUGUGCCAGCCGGGAGCUGGAGGCUUAUGUCCCAGCCACGGGGGCCCACCCUCUCACCCACUUACUCUUUGCUGAUGAUUGUCUUCUUAUGGCCAGGGCACGGACUUCAGUGGCUCGGGUUCUUCGCCGGGUGGUGGCGGCCUACUGCGCGGCGUCCGGACAGAGAGUGAAUUUUUCCAAAUCUACCAUCUCUUUCAGCCCCAGCACAGAGAGCGGAGUCAGACAGGAGAUCAGAGGGAUCCUGCAGAUACCGGAGCAGGAGGGGACACUUACCUACUUAGGUGUGCCUACUAUUGGCCGGAGGCUACGGGUGGUUGAGUGUUCCGGUUUGGUGCAGCGUGUUCAGAGCAGGCUGGAGGGUUGGAGGGCGUCUUCUUUAUCCAUGAUGGGGAGAGUGACGAUGGUCAGAGCGGUGCUGGGAUCUAUACCGGUGUAUCUCAUGGCCAACACAGUGGUUCCGAAGACGGUCCUGUUAAGGAUCGAACGCCUUCUUCGGGAUUUCCUGUGGGGGUCAUACGGUGGAGGUCACGGCGUGCACCUGGUAGCUUGGGAGCAGGUUUGCCGUCCCACUAGUGAGGGUGGUCUGGGAGUGCAGUCCCUCAUUGAGAGGCGCGAGGCGUUCAUUGCUCGGCAUGCGGCUCGGUUCAUAUUAGAGCCACACGGCUUCUGGAGUCAGGUGAUGGCAGCCAGAUAUGGCCGAGGGGCUUUGGGGGUGGCACAGAGCGGUCGCCGAGUAUCCUUCAUGUGGCGUAAGAUCGGAAGGUACCUGCCGUCAGUAUCGGCACACAUCAGGUGUUUGAUUGGCGACGGCCGUAGUAUUGAUGUGACCGGCGACUCAUGGGUGGACUCCCUGCCCCUGAGCAGUUGGCCGACUAUGUUUGACACAGAGGCAGCUGAGGGGCUACGGGUGUGCGACCUCCUAGCACCAGGAGGUGUAGAGUGGGAUGAGGCCAGACUCAGGCUAUUAUUCGGGGUACACCUAUCUGCGAGGAUUCGAUCCCUCCCGUUACCAGGAUGCGGGGGGCCAGAUGUCAGGGUGUGGGGCACUUCGAGCCGGGCCAGUGUCAGGCUGAGAGACCUCACGCGCGCCAUUCAGCCAGAGCACGAGCCGGGGCCAGAUUGCACGUGGAUUUGGAGAUCCGGACUUCACCCGAGGGUAGCUCUCUUUCUAUGGAAGGUGUUCUGGGACCGCCUUCCUACGAGAGCAGAGUUGAGCAGGCGUGGUUGGGGGGUCCCGGCUGAGUGCGGGACGUGUGGAGCUGAGGAGUCAGUGGACCACGUUAUCUUCCAGUGUACAUGGGCGAGGUCGACAUGGCAGUGGGCAGGGAUCCCGCAGGAGGCCCGGAGUGAGCGGCUACAGUUUCUCCGGGUGAUACGGCAGUGGUUAGCCAGUUUACGGACCCGUGAGGAGGGCAUUAGAGCUACUUGCACAGCACUUCAGAUCUGGCUGGCAAGGAAUGCCCGCACUCUCGGUGAGCGCAGGGUGUCGCCGAGAAAAAUGAAUCACGCUCUCGUGUUUGUUGUCCUCCUCUUGGCCUCGGCCACCCUCUGUGCUACGGCCGAGACCGAGGCCCCAACCUCAUCACCAACCGAGUCCUCCAACAAGUCCUCAACACCAGCCACCACCCCAUCCAAGGCUCCAACCUCCUCCCCCAAAAAGGCCUCUGCCCCCUCUCCAGCUGAGGAUGAUGACGAUGACAUCCCUGAUGACAAUGACAUCACCAACGAGUCUCCAGCCUCCUCCCCUUCAAAAUCUCCAGCCUCCUCCCCUUCCAAGGCCCCUGCCUCAUCUCCUUCCAAGUCCUCCGCCUCCUCUCCUUCCAAGUCCCCCGCCUCCUCCCCUUCCAAGUCCCCUGCCUCCUCCCCCUCCAAGUCCCCAUCCUUAGCUCCCUCUGCCAAAACGCCGACUACCUCCCCAAAGAACACCUCCUCUCAUGUCUCCCCCAACUUAGCCCCAUCACCACCCGAUGAUGAUGAUAUUCCUAAUGACAGUGAUGCGAGCCCUGCACCAUCGACUACUGCCGAUGUUUCGAGCACCCCUCCUGCACCAGAAGCUUCCCCGGCCGCAGCUCCUGAUGUAAGCGAUAAUAAUGAUUCCGGUGCUGUGAGCCUCAUCAGCAAAGCUAUCUUUGGAGGGAUUGUCGCUGCUUUGAUGGCCAUCGCUGCUUUCUAA